AUGCGCAUCAAAGUCAGAUGCUUCCCUACUACAUCCUUUUUCUUGCCAAUAACACGCUUCAUGUGCCGCCAGAUUUUGUUCUUUCUCUCAGUCCUCCUAGUAGUACUGUUGUUAGUGUUAAUACUCAGCAAAUUUUGGAGCUAUUCAGAAUUUUCAGAAUAUGAGCAUUCUAACGUUUUUUGGCUUUGGAAAGACGUAAUUUUAUCCCCAACUGAUUCUUUAUGGCUAGAACCAGUUCAUUUGCAGUAUCCUAAAAAUAUACGUUUUGUCAUAAACAAAUCAUUAGAAACUUCAGGUCCGUUGUCUCACUUAUUACCACUCAGUUCAAUUCCAAAUCUACGACAAUAUAUUUCAAAUAUUAAUAUGGUGCAAAACGUAAAAAACGAAGACCUAUAUGGUCAACUACCAACAAGAGAUAACUUCAACUCUACAAGAUCCUCUCCUAAACAUGUUAUGAUAAUACAAGUUCAUAAUAGAUCUAUAGAGUUAAGUCUGUUAAUUGAAUCGUUACGACGCACAAAAGGAAUCGAAACAGCCCUUGUUAUUUUUUCACAUGAUUUCUAUUCUGAUGAAUUGAAUAAUCUUAUCGGAUCUAUUCGCUUCACUCGUACUGUUCAAAUUUUUUAUCCCCAUUCAAUGCAACUAUUUCCAAACACCUUUCCUGGUACUGAUCCAAGAGAUUGUGAUAGCAGAAUAAAACCCACUGAAGCUAUGAAUAUAGAAUGUUUAAAUGCUCGUUGGCCAGACACAUUUCAGCAUUAUCGUGAAUCACAUUUUACUCAAAUUAAGCAUCAUUGGUUGUGGAAAAUUGAAUUCGUAAUGAAUCAUUUUUAUCCAACAAAAUAUUAUAAGGGUUACUUCAUCUUAUUAGAAGAAGAUCAUUUUGUUGUGGAAGAUAUUUUAUAUGUGUCGGAAUUUAUUAGUAAAAAUGUUUGGAGUCCUUUAAAAACUGAUGGGAUUAUUGCCCUUGGAUCAUAUGAUAAAAACAACAUGUAUUUAUCCAAUGUGGUUGAACUAGCUUACUGGCUUGCGCCGAAACACAAUAUGGGUAUGGCUGUAUCUCGUACUGUAUGGAAAAAUAUCGAACAAUGCUUGAAAUUAUUCUGUCUUUAUGAUGAUUAUAAUUGGGACUGGAGUCUACAGUAUAUUGGUCAAAAUUGUUUCCCAGGCAAACUGAAGGCCUUGACUCUACCUCUUUCUACUCGUGUCUUUCAUUUGGGUGAAUGCCGAGGUAUUCAUCAUCAGAAAAAUAUUUGCUCAACAGAAUUAUUGGCAACAAAUAUUUUACAAAUGUUUAAUGGACCAUUAUUGACCAAAUUAUAUCCAACGUCUCUACAUUUAUCAGAAAAAAUACAUACUGAAAAUCUUAAACAACGAGUUAAUGGUGGUUGGUCUGAUGAACGUGAUCGAAGUCUUUGCCAAAGUCUAUUUUCCAAUAAAUGGAAUAAAUUACUAACUCAAUGGGCUCCUAAAUUGAUAGAAUAUUCACCUAUUUACUAG